ACACACAAAAUCAAGAUGGCGGAAACGAAAGAGAAGACGACGAUCCCUGUUGAGGAAAACAUAGCCACAGACAUGAAAAUUGACGAUGACAGAACGGGAGAUGAUAGUGCAGAGUUCACUGGGGCCACCUUGGAAAUUGGAUCAGGGUCUCCUAACCCUCCAGUUCCGUCCGUGGCGAUUGCCGGAGGCGCUGCUGCUGAUGGGUCGGCAUUUGAUCGUGGUCGUCCAGGCUCGGUUUAUGGACGGCAGAGUAUUAAAAGUACGACGAGUCGCACGUCAAUGAGACCCGGAUACGUGGAACCUGUGGAAAUUACCAAAGGUUACUUCAGUUACAAGGAUGGUUCGUUUGACAAUGCUGUGGAAAACUGUAAAUCUCUACUGAAGAAUGAACUGGAUGGAAGUCUCCAGGGGGCUUGGCUUCUGACAGAAAUUGACCACUGGGAUAACGAACGUGAGAAGAUCCUGCUCUUAACGGACAGCUCCCUGUUCAUUGUUAACUACAACUUCAUCAACAGCAAGAUCCUUGAUAGCAAACGUGUAAUGCUGCACCUGAUCGACACCAUACAAGUGGGCGACCUUACGUACCCCAAGGAAUCUGUGAUGCCCGACCGGCAGCAUGGUGGUGUACGCAUUCUGUGGAACAAAGGGGAACAGCCCAGCUUCGGUCAGAUGUGGAAUCCUUGGUGUUCCAGCAUACCCUGGACUACUUUCUCUCAUCACCCUGUGCUCUACAACCCUAAAGAGAACGAAACCAUCACAUACAACGUUGAUGACUUCUACGAGUCUCUCCUCCAGGCUGUCUCCAAGGCAUUCCAGAAGAAGAAACCAGGCGAGAAAGUCCGUCUAAUUGAGGGGCCGAUCCUCAUUGAGAACUACCUGGGCGUUUCAUCUCUCGUGUUCAACCAGAGCCAUCUUGGUUUCUUCCGAGAUCGGAAUGGUGUCAGUUUUUAGGCUGUUUACAAUGUCGUUGUAAAACUGAGCUUGUAGGACAUAAUCCUACCAUUCUGUGAGAAGUGUUUAAGUGACUGGUCAUCUAGCAGGUCGUAUAUUUCUGGCGGAAAAGUGCGCAAAAAAACAAAAAAAAAUUGGGAGGGUGAGGGAUGUUUUGAUUUGUUUUUGCUGAAUUAUCACGUCUGGUUGACCGACCACACCUUUUCUUGGUUGGCUGUACUGGUGUGUUAUAGUGAUAACCUCAUUUGUUCAAGAAUUCUUUGCCUUACCACAUGUGGUCACUGCUAAAUGCUAUGUACAUGUAUAAUAUAGUAUAUCCUCAACCUGCACUAUGAAAAUUUUGGUGUAUGGAAAAAAAUAGCAUAUUGUUAAAUAUCUGCACAUAAUGUGUCAGAUGAAUUCAUGAUGCAGCUCGACGUCACAUUUGAAAGAACUUGAUUGAAAUGUAUUUCAAGCAGUAGCGCUGGGACGUUUUUUCAUACAUUACUGUUUAUCAAAUAUUGGAACAUUGGGGAGAGUGGGAGCAUCUCUAUAAUUAGUUAUACCUACUGAUUUCAAAUACUUACCUUAGUAAUAUACUUCUGAACAUAUGUGGAUUUUCAUACAUUAAUGAUAGACAUUAAUGAGAGACAGUGCCUCUCUUUUGACACAGAUACCUGGUUAGGUGGUGCACAUGUCUCUGGUGCACAUAAAGAUCUGAGACAAAUAAUUUGUGAUUUCCGUAGUACUGUGUGCUUUCUUUGUACUAAUAUACACAGGGUUACCUGUUGGCACUAUGCCACUCGACCAUAUCUUGUAGGCUGUGUCCAGGCAGGUUUUUCAUAGUUGCUUUUACACUUCACCUAGGAGGUUGAAUGUUGAGCAGUGCAAGGUUUGCUGUACACUGUGUAAGUGGAUUCCAUGGUUUGCAUGGUUGUCAUGACAGUGGGCGUAGGUGAGAAGCUCUGUAGUGCCUAGGCUUUCCAUGUAAAGGAUUUAAUAGGUUUGUACUUCCUGUUUGAGCGGUAUUAAUAGAUUUUUCAUGACCUUCAGAACACAGUCUUGAACAUCUGGUAAUACCUCCACUGUCUAUUUCAUUUCUGUUUAGCAAGAAGGUUUUAACACACAUCUUUCACCAUGACUAAACUUUGGCUUCAGACAUUAAUGACACCAUUUAUAAACAUGCUAUAUUCAUAUUUGCAAAGGAUAUACUGCAUUUGAACUGGCUGUAUUAAAAGUUCAUUUUGUUCCCAGUAUGGUGAGGGGCCUGUUGUGUAAUGGCUGUUGUCCUGGUUUAUGACAAGCUGAGUUAAUCCAGACACAUGGCCUGAUUAUCAUGUUCAUGUGAUGGUAUACUGCUCAAGUCGUUUUUUCGCUGACUAUCAGUAAAUCCAUCUUUCGCAGACGAGUAAUCAAUUUAUAGAGAAAGACUAUAGGGAGUCUAUCACCUGCUGUGCCUCAGUACAUCUGUUGAUGUGGCUCUCACACUUAUUCAUCCUCCAUUUGAUCUGAUGUUUGCCUUUAAAAUAAAAAAUAAGAUCAUGAUUCUGAAAAGCUUAAUUGUGCUACUGACCUUGACUUGGAUGAAAUGACGAAAUUAUUUUCUGGCAUCCAGUUGUCAGAAAUUUCACAUAAUUUGAUCAUCUCCAUUGUGGAAAUUGGUCACACAAUACUAUGUGUGUGUGAAUUUUAUAAGAGACAUUCAGAAACUUGCUAGUGAAUUAAAUGUAUUCGGGAAAUAUGUCAAUUUGUUUUCAGUGUGUUUUCUACUCUAAGGUGUUUUUCAUUGAGCACAGGGCUGAUAGAUUGGACUGUGCAAACAACUCCGUGAUCUUGAAUGUCAGCAUGUACUGUUAUUCUUGUGAAAAGAUUAUGAUGGUAAAUUUGUCAAAAUAUUCUGAUUUAAAGAAAAUAACCCUUUUUUUUUUAAUAAGAAUUCAUAGUUUCCGAAGAUAACAUAUUUAAGAGAGACUUUUAAUGUAAUUUAAAGAAUUGAGUUGCUGUUCAUGAUCUUGUUUAUUAUAAAGUAUUGUUUAUAUACAUAUAAAUUUUAGCUGGGCAUUGGUAGAUUUUGGAACACUCUUUUUGUAUUGUAUUUGAUGUUACAUGUUCAUUGUAUAGAGAUUUAUGGUAUUGUGUUAAUAGGGUUAUAAGAUAAGGUAUGUGUAUAUACAUGCAUUCUCCAUUGUUCUUUUUCAGUAUAAUAUAUUAUACAUUUUGAUACAUUUCAUUUUCAAUUUUUUUUUUUUUUUUUUGGGGGGGGGUGUCUUAUUUUGACCAACAUAUUCUCUCUUUGAGCAUACUUAUGUAUACAUUUUUAAAAGAAAAGUGCAACAAAUACAGAAAGUUAUGUAAUGCAUCAACUAACCUGAUUUAAUGCAAUUCACGUGUCUGUACCAGAGCAUUUUGUUUUUUUUACCCUGCACAUGUAUUUUCAUUGGGUAACAUUAAUAUACUGUGAUAUGUAUGUUUAUAUGUAUUCAAAAGAAACUUCUGACACACUUCAUGAUUGGUUAAACCUUGGCCAAUUGCUGCCUAAUUUGGAAAACAGUGUCAUUAGUUUGGAUUCUGUCCCCUGUUGUGUUAACAGUUACACAUUUGGAUUUUGGUUUGUUUUUUUUUCAUCCAAUAAAUUACCUAGUGCAUACAAAUGCCCUUAAAUUUGCUUGAUUAUUGAUUUACACAAAGUUGAAUGCUUAUUUCACAAGUGUACUUGUAAUUUUACUACCCAAGUGGUUGCUCAAAAACUCAAGUCAUUAAAUUAUUCAUCCAGUUGAGGAAAUUAAUUUUAAUACAAUAAAGUCUUUUUGAGGGUUUGAUCAAAAUUUGAUCCAAUUAGUCAUAGCUUAUUAAGAGUAUCCCAUUAAAAAAUUCUCAUCUAAGUCACUGCUUAUGUUCAGGAUGUUUUGGUGAACAUUGAUAAAUGCAUCUUGUGGCCUGAAGAAAAUGGCCUGUGUUUUUUUAUUUAGGUAUGAGGAUAUGAUGUUCUACAUUAUAGUUAUCAACCAAAUGUCUGACUAAACUAAGUCCACAUGAACUAACUGUAUACGGUGUCAGGUCCUGUUUAAUACUGUCCAUGUGCUGCACAGAUUCAUUGGUUAAGUAACUGUAUGUGACGAGUACAGUACUGUCCAUGUGAUGCACUCAACAGUAUGAGAACUCACUGUCCAUGCGAUGCACUCAGUAAUAGGUGAAGUAACUGUCCAUGUAUUACAUAGUGUCAGGUCAUGUUAAUUUCAGUCUGCUGCACAUAUUCAUUGGUCAAGUAACUAUGUGACAAGUACAGUACUGCCCAUGCGAUGCGGACCAUGCUAUGUCAACCUUUACAAUGGUUUCCAAGUGACAGCUGAAUCAUGGGGAAAAUUUUCUCAGCAAGAAGUAAAUUGGAGAUGUCCAGACCAGAGGGCAUGCAUAGUGAACCUUUCUGGCAAACAACAAUUUUGGAAAGAAUGCAAUGACAAGUGGUCAUUCCUGUUUAUUAAUGUCACAGAAAAAGCCGAUCUACGUUCAUACGCACGUGUACAUGUACAUGUAUACUGGUAUAUAAUCAAUGUGUUAUUGUCUAAACUUCAGUGUUGUCAAUAAAUUCUACACGUCCACUUACCCUUA